CGGACCUCAACUCGAGCCGAGGUUCAGUAGAUCGAAGUCACUACAAACCACUGUGCGCUGUUCACAACUGGCGGAAUAUUCGCAUAUCCUGGGAUGCGUAACCUCUCGUCCUGGAAAGUCAUCCCGACAUGUCUUCAAGACCAAUCGACAUCUGAAGCGGCGGGGCGUUCAUCUAAACGACGUAUCUCACACGUCGUUGUUGAUGUGGACGAAGAUGCUUUGUUCGCUGCCUCAGAGGCCACGGACGCCAACAGCAGAUCCGAGAUAGAUAUUUGGAGACUUAGUGCUCAAGAUGACGAGCAGCUCCCUACCAAGAUUGCGGUAUAUAGUGCAUCUGAUGCCGUUUCAUCCAAUCCUUGGUCCGCUGGGUCAGCGCCACAGAGUACUGCAACUCAGGAAGUAAUUAGUCUAAAACUGCUUCCGGACACCCGCACGAUUGUCCUCAUUACUCGUAGCGGCGAUCUGUUGACACUUCUCCUCGAACAUUCCGAGUCACAGUUCGACGUGGUUGGCUCAGUCGAGGCGGGGAUUACCGCUGCCGCGUGGAGUCCCGACGACUCGUUGCUCGUCCUCACAACCGGCGACGAGAAACUGAUCCUCAUGACGUCUACGUUCGACGUCCUCGUUGAGGGCCCCUUGCACCCCACCGAUUUCGGAGAAGAUGCUCCAAUCGCACUCGGAUGGGGCGACAAGAAGACCCAAUUCCAUGGCUCCCUCGGAAAGAGCGCCGCACAGGCCGGCCUGGACCUGUCCACAGUUGGCACCAGCCCAGACGACGACAGCAUGCCCCGCGUGAGCUGGCGGGGCGACGGCGCACUCUUCGUCGUCUCCGCGGUCUCCCCUGCCACUGGAGAGAACACGCGCUCGCGCAGAAUGGUCAGGGUAUACUCGCACGAGGGCGCGCUGUCAAGCACGGCGGAGCCGGUCGCAGGCCUGGAGCAUGCGCUUGCCUGGCGGCCGUCGGGAAACCUGAUCGCCAGUACGCAGCGGUUCGGCGUAGAAGACGGGCUUGCGAAGGGCAAGGAAGGAAGGCACGACCUGGUGUUCUUCGAGCAGAACGGGCUGAGGCAUGGUGAGUUUGCGCUGCGCGAGCGGAAUGAGGGAAAACGCAAACCGGCGGAGAACGCGACCUCGAGGACGUGGGGAUAUAGGGUGAAGGAGCUGGCAUGGAGUGCGGACUCGAAUGUGCUCAGCAUCUGGAUCGAAAGUGAUGACGAGGACAUCGUGCAACUCUGGACAACGGGUAACUACCAUUGGUAUCUCAAGCAGGAGAUCGCGGCGCCGCGUGACUCGUCCGGCGGUCCCGGACGUUUCACGUCCGUGACAUGGCACCCGGAAGAUGCCCUCCGGCUCAUCCUCACAACAUCUUCUCAAAUCAUCCAGCGCACGUACAUAUGGGACACCUAUGCAUCUCGCAGUCAGCCACUCAACGACACCGGCUCCGUCGCCGUCUUUGAUGGAACCAACAUACUCCUCACGCCCUUCCGCACACAGAACGUCCCUCCUCCAAUGUGUGCCUUCAGCCUCGGUCUCUCGCCAUCAACGCCAUCUGAGCCUCCGGCAUCGAAGAAUCCGCGCACUGCAGUCCCUAUACACGCUGCCUUCGGUGCAGAGCAGGAUGUCCUCAGUGUACUUUGGGAGUCAGGGCACGUGGAGGUGUACGACCUGCAUAUCAGGAUUGGUCCAGGACGAGGCAAAGUCGUGUCACCCGAAAAGUUGUGGGCCGGCGACGUCAAGGGUGUGAUUGAGCCCAAUACCUCUCGAUCGUAUCGCCAGAUUGUCGUUCUUGGAGCAUCUAAUGUUGGUAACACGGAAGACGGUGGCAAAUCUGCCCGCCUCGCUGUCCUUGGAGCGGAUACGGCUGCGUCUACGCCUGACGUGGUCCGUGUUGCGACACUAACACCCGAUGGCCUGGUCGACGAGUUCGAACUCGAACUGCCUUCCCGUAAUGGCAGGUUGUUGUCUGCGGAUGAUCUGGUCCUAUGGCAAGCACCAUUGGGUGACAUAUUCGAGAUUGAUCAACAGAACCCGAUCCCGAUCCUCAGAUGCUCGUUCCCGGAGUUCUGCGCAACUGCGUCCCAGGUGUAUACGACGCGCGCGGAUGAUCAGGCUGUACCGCUCUCCCUCUACGUUGGCCUCUCUCUCAGCGGCAAGCUCCAUGUCGUCCGAGACGAAGGAACCGCGCGCACCCUCGCCAACAACGUGACCUCCUUCACAGUCGCUUCCGGCUUCCUCAUCUACACAACGUCAGCCCAUGUCGCCCAAUUCGCACCACUCGACACCAUAGUCGACCUAUGCUCCUCCUCACCAGCGGGGUCAGAACUUCCCGAACUACCGACAUGGGAGUCACGCCGUGUAGAGAGGGGCUCUCGGAUAGUCACUGCGGUGCCGAGCACGAUGAGCCUCGUGUUGCAGAUGCCUCGUGGAAAUCUCGAGACUAUCAAUCCGCGACCGCUCGUCAUGGCAGUGGUGCGCCAGCACACCAACAGUGGUGAGUACGGGAAAGCCUUCGCGGCGUGCCGGAAGCACAGGGUCGAACUGAACGUCUUGGUCGAGCAAGACCAAGAGUCCUUCAAGACGAAGAUACCGCAAUUCGUGGAGCAGGUGGACGACGUCGACUAUAUCAACCUUUUCCUCACGAGCAUAGGGCAAGGAAGUCUCCCCGCGGAAAUUGUGGCGGAGCUAUGCGACGGGAUCCGCACGGAGCUGGAAAUGCGAGACCUGGAGCGAUAUGUCAACUCUAUAUUGACUGCCCAUGUCGUGAAAAGACCUCCGGAUCACGAGGCUGCUCUGACCUUGCUGCUACGCCUCAAAGAAAGCGAGCCCCAGCUUGUCGAGGAAGCCGUGAAAUACAUCAUCUUCUUGGUCGACGCCGACAAGCUGUUCGAUACAGCACUCGGAAUGUAUGAUUUCUCGCUUGUGCUCAUGAUUGCGCAGCAUGCCCAAAAGGAUCCGAGGGAGUAUCUUCCGUUCCUGCGGGAGCUUCGGGCGCUCGAUGCACACUACCAACGAUUCCGGAUAGAUGACCACCUGAAGCGCUAUGAGAAGGCCUUGAGAGACCUCAACGAUGCUGGUGCGGAGCGUUUCGAUGAGGCGAUGGCAUAUGUAGAGAAGCAUCAGCUCUAUGACGCAGCAUUGGCCAUUUGGCGGCCAACGGACCAGUAUAAGUCGGUUCUGAACAUCUACGGCGACUGGCUCUUCGAGCGCAGGGACUUCCAUUCCGCUGCAUUCGUGUUCCGCCAAGCGUCCAAACCGAUGAAGGCGAUGAUUGCACAUGAAAAAGCGCUCGAGUGGCAGGAGCUGUUCGAACUCGCAAUACAAGAACAGCUGCCGCCUGACGAGCUGUCGUCUAUGGCAUACCGUGUCGCAGAGGACCUUGCUGCGAAGAAACGCUAUUCGGAUGCCGCUCGUUCACUGCUCGACUACGCCGAAGACGUUCGAGAAGCGGUCAAGACACUUGUGGAGGGAAGUCACUUCUCAGAGGCACGCCGAAUUAUUGCUCUGAGAUCGUAUCCAGAGCUGUUGGUCGAAAUUGUGCACCCCGGUGCCCUUGAAUGCCGGGCACAACUUGCACAGGACAUUCACGAAAUGAGGGAGCAACUGCGCAAGCAAGUCGCCCGACUGCGCGAGCUGCGUGUUCGCAAAGUCGAAGAACCAGACGCAUUCUAUGGAGUGGAGGACGUCGCACUCCAUGAUGUCGAUGUCAUGACCGAUGUCUCUAUGGCGCCGACUACCUUCACGCGCUACACGCAAGCACCAUCGUCGGUCUCUCGGACCACAUCCAAGCGUAGCUCGCGCUCGAAGCGGAAGCUCGAACGUAAGGUCGGGUCAGGUAGAAAGGGGACUGUCGACGAGGAAGAGUACCUCUUGAAAUCCGUCACCAAACUUGUAGGGAGGUUCAACACUACCCAAGCCGAUGCAGCGAGUCUGCUUUCUCAUCUCCUCCAGUUCACCGAAGAGCACCAGAAUGAGGCACGUUCACUCCAAGCCGACCUCCAAUCCCUCGAGAAUGAGCUACGCGAUGCUGUCGAAGAAAUAUGGACCAAGCCUACGCCCGAGGGGGACGAAGCAGCAGAUACGGCGCCUGAGGGGUGGGCUGCGCGGAUGCAGGAACAUGACAAGCAACGACAGGUCAAUCCCCUCGACAAGGUCAGCAAGCCUGAGCUCGCCAAGCAGGAGUGGAAACUGAGGCUCCCUGUGAGCUGAGCUGGAAUAUGGAAGCAUGAAAAACGAUGUAUCACUAGAUACGUGAUGUAGCCUUAGAUUGCGGUGUGUCGUGAUGCAAAACAGGAUUAGUGGGGUUUGGGAAUGGGGUUCGCCGUCCAUGUAAGUUGGUUUCGCGCCUGUAACAUACUCGUUUGCGUAUUCGACACGACUCUUCGCGCCGCAAGGCAUAGGAAGCGUGAUUUGACUGUUACGAGAAUGGGAAUGUAAGGUUCAGAGUGUCUGGUCUCACACAAAGCCCACCUCGGGGCAUGUGCAUGAGCACUUGAGCUAUAUAGCCCUUGCCCAUGGGCGAAGCUAGACUGACUGAAAAUACGAUUACAAGCUAGAGUACAUACACGCAGUGAAAGCGA